CCUUCUCACUAGAAGAGCUCCACAAACACAUGUGCAAUGUUUUCAAUUUAGACAUGGAAAGUUGAAUUGAAAGACUUCGUACUUCAGGUGUAUAAAAUAUCCGGGGAAGAAACAAUGGCUACCUCAGGACCUUUAGAAAGAGACGGUAUCAUCCGUGAUGAAAAGACAGGUGAAUAUUACAUACCAGCAUCUCAACGACCUGAUGGUACUUGGAGAAAACCUCGUAAGGUGAAAGAUGGUUAUGUGCCGCAGGAGGAAAUGCCAGCGUAUGAAAACCGUGGUGUUCAAUGGCUGAAAAGUAGUAAGUCUUCCCUUCCCCCGGGAUUGAACCCAACCGAUGUUACCCCGAAGGAUACGGAUACACCGCAGGCUGACCCCUUCGCAGGAAUGUCCAAGGCUGCAAAGAAAAAUGCUAAAAGGAAAGAAAAGAAGAAACAACAGGGCCACAAUGAAAAUGUUGAGUCUGUAACCAGGUCAUUAGCUGAUUCUGUGCUCUCAAACGACCAAUCACAAUCAUCUAAACAAAGCUCCAACCAAUCAGAGAUGCCAUUACAAGAUAAAGCUGAUAUUGAGAAGAAAAUCAGAAAUCUGAAGAAGAAAUUAAGACAGAUUGAGGAUCUGGAAAAUAAAAUAAAAUCUGGCGAAAUCAAGGAACCUGCCAAGGAACAGUUAGAGAAAUUAUCCAAAAAAACAUCAGUGUUAAGUGACAUCGAAGACUUAGAACUUGAUCUAGUUGAUUUGUGAAUUGGAUCAUAUAGAGAUUAGAUGGAUAAUUUAAUUACUGAAGUGCUGAAAUACUGAUCUACUGUUGUCAGUCUAUAUACAAUCACGUUUUAUGUAGUAGGAAUUCAGAUUUGUUACUGGUGGGAAAAACAAAUUGUAUUGUGAAGUCCAUGAUCAUAAAAAUCUUUAUGUCGAUCAAUUUUUUAUAUAAUGACUAAAUGCAGGUUUGACCUCAGCAGUACCCGAUACAAUAAGGAAAUAAGGUGUGAUAGAAGAUUGAACACAUACAAAAUAAAAUUAGUCUGUUGUUUUGGAAUGAUGAAUCAUACCUUUCAAGUGAUAGGAUUUGGACUGAAAGCUGAAGUUGUAUGCAUGAUUUCUCCAGAGCAAAAUCUUGACCUGAACAUUUUUGAAAAAAGAAAUCUAUUACUGUUUUCUUAGAUAUUGAAUCCCUGAAACCAAUGCAAGUUUACUGCAGUAUUUUGAUCAGAUCUUUACACAAGAAAAUAAUGAAAUUGCAAAACCAAAAAUCUCAACUUUUUCUAGGGCCUGUUCAUUGAAGCGGAAAAAACAGUUUGUUUUUAAAAGUAAUGUUUCAGGCAUAUAUCUUGACAGACCUGCAGAUGUUAAUGCAGGCCUUGAAAGACUUCGUUGAGGCUUGCCUAAUAAAAAAUCACCAGGUCUAUCCUUAUUUCAUAAACAAACAACUGGCCAAAUCGGUCCAACGCUAAACAAAAAUGGCCGUGGUUUCUCUUCACGACAGGAAUAAAGUCAUGUUAUAUAGGAA